AUGGCCACGCUCGGCCUUUCCAAGGUGUUCAUCCUCGACAAGUAUUUCACUGAGCUGCAAAAGUUCUGGGAGACAGAGAAGAAGUUGCAAGACGCAUCGUCGUCGAACGAGGCCGUGCACUUGCAGCGACGCCUGCUGAGCCUCAGCUCUGAGCUGGUGACGCUCCGCAACCAUCUGCACGUGGGUGGUGCGGGUGCCGGGGCCGGGGCGGGUGCUGCGGCGGCAGCGGGGGCGGGGGCGGGAGCGGCAGCGGGGACGACAGCGGGGGCGGCCACAUGCGGCGGCUCGCAGCCGGCCGUGCCGCCGCGGGUGCCGCUGCUGCUGCCCCCGCCCGCGCCGGCGCCACCACUAGCACCGCACGUUCCACACCCGCCACUACAACCACCACCGGUUCCACCUGCUGAGACGCGAUGGCGUGGAGCGGGAGCGGGAGCGGUGACCGCGCCAAACGGAGCGGUGACGGGAGCGGGUGUACAAGCGGGAGCGGGCGCGGGGGCAGGAGCGGGCAGUGCUACAAGCGCGAGCGCAGACGUGGACGACUUGAUCCACCUGCGGGGCCCGCUCACAGAAGAUGCCGUAGUGCGAGCGCUUCAGGCUCGCUUCUACCAUAACAAGUUCUAUACAUCCGUGGGUCCGAUCCUGAUCGCGCUGAACGCGUACACGGACUCAUCUAACGCGCUGACUCCAGCGGCCGCGCGCGCCCAGCGGCCAGAGCUGGCGCGUCUCGUGCACGACGCCGUGCGCCACCAGGCAGACACCGGCUGCCCUCAAGCUAUCAUACUCUCCGGUGUGUCAGGUUCCGGGAAGACGUACGCGUCGAUGGUGCUACUGCGGCGACUGUUCGACGUGGCGGGCGGCGGGCCCGAGACCGACGCCUUCAAGCACCUCGCCGCCGCCUUCACCGUUCUGCGCUCGCUCGGCACCGCCGCCACGCUAGCCAACUCGCACUCCAGCAGGAUUGGGCAUUUUAUAGAAGUACAAGUGACGGACGGCGCGCUGUACCGUACGAAGAUCCACUGCUACUUCCUGGACCAGACGCGUGUAGUGCGGCCGCCGCCCGGCGAGCGCAACUACCAUAUUUUUUACCAGCUGCUGGCGGGGCUCACGCCCGAAGAGCGCCUGCAGCUCCAUCUCGAUGGAUAUUCUCCACAAGACCUAAGAUACCUCGCAUCUUCGCAACACCGGAGACCUGAACCUGAAGACGCGGCGCGAUUCCACGCUUGGAAAACGUGCCUCGGCAUCCUCGGCAUCCCGUUCUUGGACGUGGUGCGCGUACUGGCUGCGGUACUGCUGCUGGGCAACGUGCAGUUCGGCGAGAGCGUGGAGGGGGCCGCGGAGCCGGCGGGGGAGGCGGAGCUGGCGGCCGCGGCCUCACUGCUGGGGGUCGCCGCGCCGGCACUACUGCGCGGUCUUGCCUCGCGAACUGCGCCAAGGAACGCAAGAGGACUCGUGCGGGGGGUCGCUGGUGCCGCACAAGCCGCACAAGCCCGAGACUCCCUCGCUAAAGCACUGUACUGCCGCACGGUCGCCACGAUCGUACGCCGCGCCAACUCCCUUAAGCGACUCGGCUCCACGUUAGGGACCUUAUCCUCGGAUUCGAACGAGUCGGUUCACAACCAAGACGCGGCUUCUAGACGCGCGUCGACCGCGGGAAGGUCGCGUGCCGGCGCGCACUCGAUGGCAGCGUUAAACGACGCGGUCCGCCACGCGACAGACGGCUUCGUCGGCAUACUCGACAUGUUUGGCUUCGAGGACGCGGCUCCGAGCCGUCUCGAACAUUUGUGCGCGAACCUUUGCGCGGAAACCAUGCAGCACUUCUACAACACGCACGUGUUCAAGUCGUCGGCGGAGUCGUGUCGCGAAGAGGGCGUAGUGGGCGCGUUGGAAGUGGAGUACGUGGACAAUGUGCCAUGCAUCGACCUGGUGUCGUCGUUGCGCGCCGGUUUGCUUGCCGCGCUCGACGCGGAGUGCGUAGCACGCGGCACCCCCGAGCAGUACGUCGCGAGGAUCAAAACGGCACACAGAGGACACCCACGGCUGGGCGAGACGAGGCCGGCGCACGCGCGGCGCUUCACGGUGCGCCACUACGUGGGCGAGGUGGUGUACGACGCGGCCGAGUUCCUGGACGCGAACCGCGACACCGUGCCCGACGACCUGCUCGCCGCCUUCGACACGCGCACUUGCGAGUUCGGCUUUGCGACGCACCUAUUCGGCGCCGAGCUCAAGGCACUGUCAGCGGGCGGCGGGCCGACGGGCGGGCAGUUCCGCGCGUCGCCCACUGCGGCGGCGGCGGCCGCGGCGGCGGCGGCGGCGGGCGACGCGCCGGCCUCCACGCUCACGCAGGACUUCCACACGCGCCUCGACAACUUGCUGCGCACGCUCGUGCACGCGCGCCCGCACUUCGUGCGCUGCCUGCGCGCCAACGCCAACGAGACGCCCAUGCUUUUCGAGCGCGCUACCGUCGCCAAACAGGUGCGCGCGCUACAAAUCCUGGAGACGGUGCAGUUGAUGGCCAACGGUUACCCUCACCGGAUGCGGUUCCGAGCGUUCAGCGCGCGCUACCGGGCUCUGUGGCGACGCGGGAGGCGCGCGGGGGCGGGUGGGGCGGGCGGGCCGGGGGCUGCGGGCACUGCGGAGCGGGAGGCGGGCGCGGCGUGCGCGCGGGUGCUGCGCGCCGUGGCCGCCGCCGCCGCUCCCCCCGCACCCUCCUCGCCCGCCGCCGUGCGAUGGGCGCUCGGCAAGCGACACGUCUUCCUCAGCGAGGGCAUGCGACAGGUGCUGGAGAGAAUACGACGCGCGCGACGGCAAGCCGCGGCCGAGUGCAUCCAAGCGGCGUGGCGCCGCCACCGCGGCCGCGCGCCCCGCCCCCCGGCGCCCGCACCCCCCGCGCCCGCACCCCCUGCGCCCGCGCCCCCCGCGCGCCCCCGCCCCGCGCCCAUCGCCGGCACGCCGCCACCGGAGCCGCCCGACAAGUGCGACCCCACACUCGUUAAGCGCACCUGCUCGUUAUUCGGACUCGAUCUCGAGCGACCACCACCGCUGCCACCGUCGCGUGCAUACACGGUGGCGAACGGCGUGAAACUGGGCUAUCCUCAGCAGCGUGUAGUCGCUGCCGACUGGACGGACGAGAGCGGCACGUUACGUCUUCGAGCCGGUGACACUGUGCUUGCUCUAGGCGCCGCUCGCCGAGGCCACAUCGCUGUGCAGGUGGUGGGCCGCACGGUGCCGGUGCCGCACAGCGUGCUGGCGCCGCCGCGCGCCGCGCGCCCGCAGCCGCCGCAGCCCCCGCCGCCCGCGCCCGCGCCCGCCCCCGCACCCGCCCUCGCUUGA